GCCCCGCCAAUCGGUGCCAGCCGGGCCCGGCGAGGCGGCCCGGGCCGGGGGGGGGACGCGGGGGGGGGACGCGGGGGGGGGCCCGUCCCGUCCCGCCGCCGCCGGCCCCGCCGAGCCAUAAAGCCCAUGGGGAGCCGGCGGCGGCCGGGCUGAGCGAGGCCGGGACCCCGGGCGCCCUGGGGCCCUCCCCGAGCAAGAUGACGUCGGCCACCAAGGUGUACUACAGCCAGACCACGCAGACCGACAGCCGCCCGCUCAUCGGCUCGGGGCUGCGCCGGCGCCGGGUGAUGACCAAGGACGGCCGCAGCAACGUGCGGAUGGAGCACAUCGCCGACAAGCGCUUCCUGUACCUCAAGGACCUGUGGACCACCUUCAUCGACAUGCAGUGGCGGUACAAGCUGGUCCUCUUCUCCGCCACCUUCGCCGGCACCUGGUUCGCCUUCGGCGUCAUCUGGUACCUGGUGGCCGUGGUCCACGGGGACCUGCUGGAGUUCGACCCGCCGGCCAACCACACGCCGUGCGUCAUGCAGGUGCACACCCUCACCGGCGCCUUCCUCUUCUCCCUGGAGUCCCAGACCACCAUCGGCUACGGCUUCCGCUACAUCAGCGAGGAAUGUCCCCUCGCCAUCGUCCUGCUCAUCACCCAGCUGGUCCUCACCACCAUCAUGGAGAUCUUCAUCACCGGCACCUUCCUGGCCAAGAUCGCCCGGCCCAAAAAACGCGCCGAAACCAUCAAGUUCAGCCAAAACGCAGUGGUGGCCCAACACAACGGCAAGACCUGCCUGAUGAUCCGCGUGGCCAACAUGCGCAAGAGCCUCCUCAUCGGCUGCCAGGUGACGGGGAAGCUCCUCCAGACCCACCUCACCAAGGAGGGCGAGAGCGUCCGCCUCAACCAGGUCAACGUGGACUUCCAGGUGGACACCUCCUCCGACAGCCCCUUCCUCAUCCUGCCCCUCACCUUCUACCACGUGGUGGACGACGCCAGCCCCUUCCGGGACGUGGCCCUACGGACGGGCGAAGGCGACUUCGAGCUGGUGGUCAUCCUCAGCGGCACCGUGGAGUCCACCAGCGCCACGUGCCAGGUUCGCACGUCCUACCUGCCCGAGGAGAUCCUCUGGGGCUACGAGUUCACGCCGGCCAUCUCCCUCUCGGCCAGCGGCAAGUACGUGGCCGACUUCAGCCUCUUCGAUCAGGUGGUGAAGGUGACGGCGCCUUGUUGCCUCCACGAGACCGUCCGGUUUGGGGACCCCGAGAAGGUGAAGCUGGAGGAGUCCCUGCGGGAAGCGGCGGAGCGGGAACGGGAGGGAGCACCCCUGAGCGUCCGCAUCAGCAACGUCUGAGCGCCCGCCGGGACGCCGCCGGAGGUGCCACCGGCCCCCGGAGGUGCCACCAGCUCCCAGAGGUGCCACCGGCCCCCGGAGGUGCCACCGGCUCCCCCCCCCCAUCCCGUCCUCCUGAGCCAUUUUCCUUGCGGCACCAGGCAGUUCCCUCGGGGACCCCCAUGGGUGCUCGCCCACCCGCCCACGUGGCUGUGUCCCCCCCCCAGCCCACCCGGGGACAGGGCUGUCCUUGUCCCCCCUCACCUCACGCUCUGCUGUCACCGGCCAGAGACCCUGGCCCCGCCGCAGGACACGAUCCUGCUGGGAGAUGCUGUCCUGGGGGGGGGGCACGGCCACCUCCAGUCCUGGGGACAGCUGGGGACCCCCCUUCUCACCAGCCAGGAGGCGUCUCCCUGCCCGACCCCCCCGCAGUGAGCCGGGAGGGGCUGAGACCCGAGCCGCUCGCUGCAUGUGUGGGCUGGCAGUGGGAAGCCCCGACCUCAUGGGACCCCCCCAUCCCUGGGAAGGCUCAGCCCCCCCCCAGCCCAUCUCCCCCCUGCACCCCCUUUGCCCUCCCCACGGCCCCCAGCCCCACAGCACCCAAACCACUGGGGGCCGUGGGGGCACCCCCGUGUCAUCGCACACUCAGUGGGGGAAACUGAGGCAGGAGAAGCCCCCCCCGCCCCAGCCCCCCCCGUGCCCCCAGAGCCGGGCCCUCCUCCCUGCACCACCCCCCCCCACUCCGGGCUGGGGGGGGGGACACACACCGGGGCGUCACCGAUAAUCGGACACGGCUGCGGUGCCGCGUCCCCCCGGGCUGGGCAGCCCCCCCGGCCCCGCUCGAGCCCGUCGCUGCUGCUAACGUAGAGCUCUGCUAUUAACGCGCGGCCCCAGCUGCCCCCCCUCGCUGCGCUGAGGCCAGGUGAUACAUAUACAUACGUAUAUAUAUAUAUAGUGCGACUAAUCUAUAUAUAUAUAAGGGGAAGGAAGGCUACCCCCCCCGAAAGACUGGCUCGCCAAAGCCCCGCUGUCGCCAGGGCACCCCGCGGUCUUGACCUUGAUUUGGGGGGAGAAAAGGCGAAGCAGUUACUAAAUAAAGGUUACGUUGACGGUG